AUGAGCAUUUCAAGCGUUGAAAAGUGUCCCACCUCGUACGAUGAGUACAAUUUCACCCUUGCGGACUUGUACCGAAAAACCGCUCUAGAAGAGCUCCGUGAAAGUGAUGAAAUUCGUGAUCAGGCCCUACGACAAAUACGCGGCUGGAUCGCAAAGAAUCCCACCAUCCAACGGUGUCGAACGGAUGGACCGUUUCUGUUGAGAUUCCUUCGCGCGCGAAAGUUCAACCACGUUGCGGCAUGCGAAAAUCUGGAGCGCUAUCUGGCACUGAGACAGACCGUGGCCAGUUGGUUUCAAAAAUUGGACACUAACGAAGCGUGGGUGGAGGAGAUAGUGGAUGAUUGGCCCAUACUUCCGCUGGGGUACGACGACCGGGGACGGUUGGUCAUUUUGAUCAAGAUGGGCAACUUCAACGUGGAACGUUUUGGCAACGUCGAUCAGAUACGGCUGAUGAUGAUGAUCCUGGAAAGUUACUACGACGAAGAGAAGAUACAGAUUGCGGGAUGUGUUUUCGUGUUUGAGGAUACCGGGUUGACGAUGAGCCACGUAGCUCAGUGGUCCCUGACGGACAUUAAGCGGUUCAUUGACUGUGUGAAUCAUACCAUUCCGCUCAGGAUUAAGGAAGUGCAUGUGGUGAAUUUGCCGCGGUAUGCGGUUGCUGUUGGGGAAAUGUGCUUGGGCUUUGCGAGUACCAAGCUGAAGGAGCGAAUCCAUUGUCACCGUUCGAUGGAUUCUCUGACGAAGGUAGUAGCCCAAUCGCUGUUACCCAAGGAGUACGAUGGGGAGGUCCCAAUAAACGAGUUCAAAAAGCAACUUCGCGAACGACUGAAACUGCAACGUGAUCGCAUCCUAGCCCUGGACCAAAUGGUAGUCGAUCAGUCCAGAUUUGCUUCACUUUGGAAGGACAGCCAUGCGGUGGGCGAUGGACAAGAUGACAGCUUUGGAGUGGUUGGUAGUUUUCGAAAGUUGAAUGUUGAUUAG